CCACUACUUUUAUCGCAGCUUGAUACCUCGACAUCAUUUCCCUAGGACUCUCUUUACAUCUCAGACUCCAAUCUCAACCACUUCAUCCGCCAUGGCGUCCUCUGUGGGAUCGUAUUCGAAUCCCCUCAAGAAAUAUAAACUUGUUUUUCUUGGAGAGCAGAGCGUGGGAAAGACAUCCCUGAUUACCCGGUUCAUGUACGACUCGUUCGACAACACCUACCAGGCCACCAUUGGCAUUGAUUUCCUUUCAAAGACUAUGUAUCUCGAUGACCGAACAGUACGGUUACAACUCUGGGACACGGCCGGCCAGGAGCGAUUCAGGAGCUUGAUUCCCUCCUAUAUCCGAGACUCCAGCGUCGCAGUGGUCGUCUAUGACAUUUCUAACCCGGCAUCCUUCGAGAACACGCGAAAGUGGGUUGAUGAUGUGCGCGGCGAGCGCGGUAACGAUGUAAUCAUUGUUUUGGUCGGAAACAAGACCGACCUGGACAAGCGCAUGGUCACCACGGCACAGGGCGAGCAAAAGGCUAAGGAGAACAACCUCAUGUUUAUUGAAACGAGUGCCAAGGUCGGACACAACGUCAAGCAGCUUUUCCGGAUGAUCGCGCAGGCGCUUCCCGGUAUGGAGGGUGAAAACCAGCAGGCUGGAAGCCAGAUGAUUGAUGUAAAUAUCAACCCAUCGCAGCCUACAGACAACAAUGGCUGCGCAUGCUGAAGAGCGAUUUUCAUUUGAUUUAUCCCUUCUAUGCAACCAUUUUUAGGUGGCCUUCUCAAAACGAAGGCAAGCUGCUCUACCGUCUUCGACGUCUUCCAGCAUUUC